AGAAAAAAACAUUGGAGUUCUCCCACUGAAUGAAAUGUCCCUAUGGAGGACAGCUUCUCUCAAUUAAAGGAAAAUGCGCUCACUUGACAAAUGAGCUCUGGGUCAGCGUAACAGCCAGCAAAAGGAUUUCCCUGCUGUCAGUGUGGAGUACUGCUGCAAGGCGACUGUGGGAAGUUCCUAGGAGGGCAGAGAGGCAGAGUGGGAGUCACCGACAGAAACAAACCCACGACUGAAACUCCUUUUUGCGAGAAGGAUAUAAGGUUUGCUCUCACAUCUGCUGUGAGUUGCUGGGAUUGGAAAGAAGUUGCUCUUGGCAUGAUGGUGAUGGCGUGGUCGCCUCAGGAGGUGGCCUGGCAGGCUGUGCUCCUGGUGACUGGACUUGUGUCUCUGAGCGGUGGCUCUGAUGCCAACAUGUUGGACACCAUGUUACUGAGGAGCGGUUGGAAGGAGGGAUCGGAGCGACAAGUGGAGGAAACCAGCAGCAUCGCCACGGUUUCAGUUCAGAAAAAGCUCCGGUGCCACUGCUACCCCCAGUGCCCCGAAGGCUCCGUCAACAACACAUGCGUGACCACUGGUUUCUGCUUCACCAUGGUAACAAAACAGGAUGGGGGUCAGGCUUUACUUUCUGCAGGCUGUUUGGCUCUGGCUGGCUCACAGUUUCAGUGCAGAGACACAUGGACUGCACGCUUACGGCGAGUUCUGGAGUGUUGCACAGAUCAGGACUACUGCAACAGAAACCUGCAUCCCACCAUUCCUCCACUGGUCACUUCAGAAUAUGUGGACAGCAGUAUCCAGUACAUAGCACUCUUCAUUUCCCUCAUCAUUUUCAGCAUCCUUGGAUUUAUUCUCGUCUUCUGCUACUUAAGAUAUAAACGUCCGACGUCACAGCCGCCCUAUAGUAUUGAUCUUGAGCAGGAUGAGAGCUACAUUCCUCCUGGGGAGUCUCUGAAGGACCUGAUUGAGCAUUCCCGCAGCAUCGGGUCUGGGUCUGGAUCAGGACUCCCUCUGCUGGUUCAGCGCACCAUUGCCAGGCAGAUUCAGAUGGUCAAACAAGUCGGCAAGGGGAGAUACGGAGAAGUCUGGAUGGGCAAAUGGAGAGAGGAAAAAGUGGCUGUCAAAGUUUUCUUUACCACUGAGGAGGAGAGUUGGUUCAGAGAGACAGAAAUUUAUCAGACCUUCCUGAUGAGGCAUGAUAACAUCCUGGGAUUCAUAGCAGCGGACAUUAAAGGCACUGGAUCGUGGACUCAGCUCUACCUAAUCACAGACUACCACGAGAACGGGUCCCUGUAUGACUACCUCAAGUCCAACACCUUAGACAUCAAGGCCCUGCUGAAGCUGGCAUACUCAUCCAUUUCAGGCCUCUGCCACCUGCAUACAGAGAUCUAUGGCACUCAGGGCAAACCCGCCAUCGCACACAGAGACCUAAAGAGCAAGAACGUCUUGGUUAAAAAGAACGGCUUCUGCUGUAUAGCCGACCUGGGGCUUGCUGUCAAAUUUAACAGUGAUACCAACGAAGUAGAUAUUCCUUCGAAUCUAAGAGUUGGAACGAAGCGUUAUAUGCCACCUGAAGUGUUGGAUGAGACUUUGAACAGGAGCACCUUCCAGUCCUUUAUCAAGGCUGACAUGUAUAGUUUUGGUCUUAUUCUUUGGGAAAUGGCUCGGCGGUGUAUCUCAGGAGGCACUGUAGAUGAGUACCAGCUGCCCUAUCAUGACCUGGUGCUCUCCGACCCUUCAUAUGAGGACAUGAGGGAGGUUGUCUGCAUUAAAAAACUAAGACCUUCGAUUGCAAACCACUGGAACACUGAUGAGUGUCUACGACAGAUGGGGAAGCUGAUGUCAGAGUGCUGGUUCCACAACCCGGCCUGUCGCCUCACAUCCCUGCGGGUGAAGAAGACUCUGGCAAAGAUGUUAGAGAGCCAAGACAUAAAACUGUGACAGAGAGUCUGGAGAGAUGAUCUCCUCACUUAGAGACUUUUCACAGCCGCUGGCACAUCUGACCAGCAGAGGAAGGGACUGAAUGAACAGAGAAAGGAAACUCACAGGAGAGCUGCCAGUCCAGUGUCAGUGUGUUUUUCAUUGUGCUUUCUGUGAAAGCUGAAUGGUUCCCCAGGUCCACACCGUCCAGGUGGACAAGUGGUGAGGAACGCCCUGCAGGAGAGCUAAAAUCCCUUUGCUCAGGUCCUAACAAAGGGAACUCCUGCUCUGCUUCUCUAACGCCAUGUAGCAGUAUUAUAUGAGCAGUAUUUUGUACUGUCACAACCGCCUUGGUGUGGUUUUUGUUUUUAUUCUGUGACUCAAUGCAUGAAGAGUUCACUCAGAUUUGUGAAGAUCUAAUUCAAAGAAGCUCAGAUUUAAGCUUACUGACCUCAUAGUUAAAUUAUUAUGCAUCUGUCCAUCCAUUUUUUUUUCACAGGCUUUUUCUGUGCAGGGUCACAGUGGAGCUGGUCCCCAUCUCCAGAGUCAUUGUGUAAAAGGUGGGGUAGACCCUGGACAGGUCACAAGUCUAUCACAGGACUAAAUUAUUAUUUUUAUGUUCAGAGCAAGUCUGCAUUAUUUCCUGAGAAAUAGAAAAUAUAGAUUUUUUAUGGCUUUAUAUAGUUAUGGUUAAUGUAUUUUUUAAGUAUAUUUGUUGCAAAA